AUGUCUUCAAGAAGAAGAAGAGAUCUUAGCAGAAAAGGUGCCCCAGGAGAAGUCGAUAGAAAAAGGUACUCCAGAGGAAGUCGGUCCAGGUUAAGGGAUCUCAGGAAAGGAAUUUGCCGGGAAAACAUUGACCGAGGUACUAAAGUCUAUAAAGACGCUUUCGAUCUGUCUUGGGAUAGUCAGAUUGAAGAAAAUACGAUGGUACUUCGGAAUAUGUAUAAUACGGAAAUUAAUAUUGCUGAAUAUGCUUCGUGGUCGUUACCUGAAUUCCUAUGGAUACAAAUGGGAAGUAACUAUUCUGAAACUAUGAAGCUAUCUGAGAUGUUAUGGAAAUAUUGGGGAGAAAAUCAUAAAAUGUUCACAAAGACUCCUUUGCAUCAUCUUCACUCCCUCAGACCAAUUGUUGUGAUGUCAUACACGAUUGAAGGACUCAAAGAACUCUUAUAUUUCAGGGCUGGUAACUGUCCUAUCGAGUGCGAAGUCAUGAAACACCUCAAUUCCGAGACACUUUCUUUCUGUACGACCGCAGAGCGUCCAAGUAACGUUGAGUCAGUCGAAACAUCAAUGUUCCCGAUGGUUAAGGAGAGGUUCAAUAAUUCAGGAUCUGCAAAUUCUAUCGAGGCAGCUAAGAAUCCUUCCUCUUCAAAUGUAAAGAGAGAUACAGAAUGGUAUGUUGGACUCUCAAACCGAUGCCAAUGCAAACUGGGAGUCCAUGAAUGGCUGGAGGAAUUUAUCUGUGAUAUUAGCGCUCAAAAUCCUAGAGCAGACAGAUUAAAAAGUCCCGAACACUACAGUAAUUACGCCAAAAACAUACAGAAGGGCAAAACAAAAACUCCCCUUUAUGUGAUUUCUCGUCUCUAUCUAAAUUUCAUUGCCAAAAAAUGCUUCUGCGAACAAACUGGACCAAUGGGCAUGAUUUUAAUCCAGGCAUUUGCCAUGAAGUGGAUGCAUUACACGAUUCUACCUUUUGAUGAAGAUGACUGGGAGUUCCAGGCAGUCAUGAGCAGCUUAUCAGACAUGCCAAUUAUGGAUUUGACCGAUUAUUUGGAAAAGGUACUUCGUAAGAGAGUCGAUCGACUUAUUGAGCGCUCGAUGGAUAGAUGA